AUGGCAUUAUUUUAUCACGAUCCUGAACUUCGACAAUUCGAAAACCAAAUUUCCAAUGUAUGUACAAAUUUCUUUACAGACCUGAAUACAGCAAAACGCGGCGGAAAUGUUCGUACUGGUAAUCGUAGCGCGAAUAACGGUACUUCUUGGGCGCCAGCUCUUGAUGUCUACGAAACGGACAAAGAGUUUGUAGUGAAUGCCGAGUUAGCUGUAA